AUGGUUCACAAGGUAGCAACUGUUGGGUUUGUAGGCUUCCUUGUCUUCAGAGGAGUACAAGGUCUAACUGGAUCCAAUGGUAGUGUCAAAAGGAAAGAGCAAAAUAUCAUCAGAUUUCUACUUUCACAAGUCGAAGCUGCAUCACUCUUGAGCAUCGUUGAUGUGAAUGGUGACAAGGCUGCUCCUAUCUACAAGUUUCUGAAAUCAAGCAAAGGUGGACUUGUUUCUCUCAUUGCAUUGUUUCCAUUGGAGUUAAAGCCAUUGUUGUAA